AUGGCGCAUUCGGCCGAAGCCGUUUUGGACAAUCCGGCCGAGGGGGCUUAUCGGCAGUUCCUCCCCGACCUAAGCAGCCCUCGCUUCACGACUAUGCAGGCCCAAAAUGCUCAUGAAUACGCCGCGGCGUUCAAAGAAUCCGGGAAUCCGCCAUGGCUCCAUGCUCUGUAUCUUCACUGGAGGAAACUGCUGCAGGAACCGUUCCGGGGCAUCACGACGGAUGGUACCGUUCGACCUGGGUUAUUCCAGUUCCAAGAUGAGGGAAUUCCAAUUGAGAAUAUUGUCGAUGCGGCGAACAAUCUCAUAAAACAACUUCAAUCCAGCGGCCUCUCCCUCAAGCCAUAUCACAUUGACAGUCCAGAAUGGCGUACCUGGUCCAACCCCGAGUUCCUCUUGAGCCAUAAAGGUAUCCGUCUUGACGAACUCAACCACGAGCUUCGCGAGUCUGUCAUGGCUAUCCUUCGAGUCACCCUCUCCCCUGAGGGUUACGAGAAGGCUAUUGGUGCGAUGCGAAUCAAUGGCUAUCUUGGCGAGCUCGUUAAAGCACCCAGUGUAUGCAACGAAUUCUCCUACAACUUCGUCCUCUUCGGUUCCCCGUCCACCAAUCGUCCGUGGGGGUUCUCUUUUUAUGGCCACCACCUGUGUUUAAACGUGUUCUUGUAUCAGCGCCAAAUUGUCAUUUCACCAUGGUUCACUGGAGCGGAACCGAAUCUGAUAGACGCCGGGCCUUACAAGGGGACGAGGAUCUUGCUGGAGGAAGAGAAGCUUGGCCUGGAGCUGAUGCAAACCCUCCCACCCCCACAGCAAUCUGCGGCCCAGGUGUACGAGCUUCUCAACGACCCGAAAAUGCCAAAGGGUCGGUGGAACCAUGACGACCAGCGCCACCUUUGCGGCGCAUAUCGAGAUAACCGUGUCGUUCCAUACGAGGGAGUCCUUGUCGCAGACAUGUCUCCAGAGAAUCAAGACCUGGUAACGGCCAUCCUUCACCAAUAUUUCCUCUACCUUCCGGCACGUGCGCGGGCGAUCAGGAUUGCCAACGCCGUUGAAUGGUACAAAGAAACAUACUUCUGCUGGAUCGGGAGUUAUGGCAAUGAUGACCCGUUUUAUUAUCGAAUCCAGAGUCCCGUCAUUAUCAUUGAGUUUGACCAUCACUCUGGGGUGUUUUUAACCAACAAGGAACCCGCAAAGUUUCAUAUCCACACCUUGCUACGUACGCCGAAUGGCGGUGAUUAUGGCAUGGCUUUGCGUCCCUUGAUCCCCGGCGUUGAGCAAAAGUUUAUCUGGGAAGGAAGUGAAGAAUGA